AUGCCCUCCAACAGCCCAACUGGCCACAUUGGCACGACACAAAAAACACACAAACACACAAACACACAAACACACCUCCCCUCCCUCCUCCUCCGAGCCUUCCUCCCUUGGUCCUCUUCACCACACGAGAAGACGACAUGGCCGCCGAGGCGGUCCGAGAAGAUCAACAACUGGGCGCGGUCAAUCGCCAUGCCGCCGAUGAGGACGCCACGGGCAAUAAGAACAAGGACUACAGCACGUGGGAGAUAGAGGAGGUGGAGCCGGAUCAGAGGGCCGGGUCGCCUCCUCCGAAUCCACAGGGCGCGCCGGCGGCGGAGGAUGUGUACGUGGCGGUCGGCAAGGGCGGGUCCAGCAUGGCGGCGCUGUCGUGGGCGCUGAGGCACCUCGCGAGGCCCCGGAGCUUCGUCUACCUCGUGCACGUCUUCCCCGUCGUCGCCAGCAUCCCCACCCCAUUAGGAAUGAUGCCCAAGAGGCAAGCAACCCCAGAGCAGGUAGAAACUUACAUGAACCAAGAGAGAUCGAAGAGGCGAGAGAUGCUACAAAAAUUUCUAGACCAGUGCCGCAACUUUCAGGUUAACGUCGAUGUGUACCUCAUCGAGAGUGAUCAAGUUGCUGAUGCGAUCGUCGAACUUAUCCCUGUUAUGGCCGUGAAACAGCUGGUGCUGGGUGUCUCAAAAUCCAACUUGCGGAAGCUGAAGAAAGGAAACACAAUUGCGGGACAGGUUCAGAAGAACACACCUCUCUACUGCGAAGUCAGGAUUGUCUGUGAUGGCAAAGAAGUUACAGCGGUGACAACUGAUCCAACACCACCAUUUUCACCGUCCCCUGUAAAUAAGAGCAGCAGAUCUCGUACCCCGACACCGCCAUCGUCUACACCAAACCACGAUAAUAUAGCAGCAGUUGAUGAAAAAAAUGAUAGCAAAGCGAAGGAAAGAAAGAAAAUUCCCAAGUUUCUCAGGUGCCUGUCAUCUUGAUUAUCAUCUAUUUGCUGUUUCAGUCACUUUCAAAGGUGGAAUGCUGGAUGCACCAUCUUCAGAUAAUCAUGUAGCGAAGAGUUUGUAAUUAUCAGUUUUGCCAUGCUUUGAUUUUUUUUUAAUCUUCUCGAUCUAUUGUGUAAAAAUGAGAUAAUUCUGUCACAUGUGGGAGCUUUCAGCAUAUCUCAGCAGGGUUCUUUUUCUAUAAUGAGGAUCUGUAUUUGAUGAUAA